AUGGCUGAGGGUCAACCUGAAGUGGAUAUUGCACUUCAAGUAAAUCAAGUAUCAAUAACGGAAAAUAAACGGGAGGUAAAAUUGGAAGAACCGAAAUUCCUGCGCGAAUAUGGUCGAUUUGCAUGUGACGACCAAAAAAUACCCAAUAUCGAAAUGGAUUCAGGCAAUCGGACACGAGUUUACUUCGACCAUUCAUCAGACAAAUAUGCUUUGAAGACAGGCACCUUGUAUUGUCUAUAUGGAAUGCUGCAUGCUGUUGAGUUGGCGCCCUUUCUCUCCCGUUAUAUUGAACAGAAUCCAAAUAUAAGAUCUGUAUUCAUCGGAUCAGCCGAAAGUUUAAUCAAUGGCGUUUGGAGUGAAUGGAGUCAGCAAUAUUGGACGGCCCGUCGAAGUAUGGUAUUCGCUUCACAUCUAACUGCCCUGGCAGAUUCUUUUCGUCGCAAAAAUCUCAAUUCAGAUGAUGCAUCAGAUCAAACAACUCCACCACCGUCUUGGUUAAACCGACCCUGGCCUCAAAGUCCAGCUCUUGGGGGACCUUACUUUGGCAUACAUUGGCGACGCGGGGAUUUCCCCCGAUCACCAUCCCCAUACACAGCCGCCGUGCAGACUCUCCAAGCUAUUAAACGAUCGGCGAAGUACCUGGGACCUUUUGUCAAUGAGUCUUCUUUAUCCAUUUAUCUUGCUACUGAUGCUAAUGUAGAGGAUUAUGUUGAGUUUCAGAGACUAGUAACCCCUCAUAAAGUAUAUCGAUUUAUCGACCAAAGUCUUCUUCCUGGAGAAGUUGCAAUUAUCGAUCAAUGGAUCUGUGCUCAUGCUCGAUUCUUCGUGGGUUCCGUCCCCUCUACUUUCACGUUCCGAAUAGCAGAGGAGAGAGAGAUCAUAGGAUUCCCGUCAGUUACCACCUUCAAUAGUCUAUGUGAUGUUGAUGGUUCAGAAGUUGUACUGAAGGACGACCCUGUGCAUACGUCAACUUGUGAGGGUCUGGUACCCUGGACUAUACAUCUUGAGCCUCGUUACACAAUCUUUGCGAGUCAAGUUAAACACGAGCUGUGA